CUUGAAUCUAACGUAUUAUUAUAUUGUUUACCCAGGUAUCUUGGCUAUUUAUGAAGCUCCACGUAGGGGAAAAGCAGUCGUCAUCACAUGACGUUGCGGUCCGCAUAGAACAAUAAUCGGCAAGAGAACAAUUGUCAAGGACACUCUGGCAACCUCAACUCCUCACGCCAAUUGCCCAACUGCAUCGAAAAUGCGCCUCAAACGAUCGAAUAUCAUCAUCAUCCACCCCGAUCUGGGCAUCGGCGGCGCGGAACGGCUCAUCAUCGACGUCGCCCUGGCGCUGCAGGCCCGAGGCCACCGUGUGACGAUCUACACCUCCCACCGCGACCCGACGCACUGCUUCGAGGAAGCGCGAGACGGCACGCUCGACGUCCGGGUUCGAGGCAAUACCGUGUUCCCCGCCCAUGUGGGUGGCCGGUUCCAUGUGUUGAUGGCCGUGCUGCGACAGCUGCAUCUGGCCGUGUCGGUGUUGAAGGAGCUGGAGCAGCGAGGGGGAAAUAGUGACGAGAAGAACAAAACAACAACGGAACCGGAAGAAAUGGACGAUAUCUUUGUGAUAGACCAGGUCCCUGCCUGUGUGCCCUUUCUUAAAAGCUUGGGCCCUCGGUUCGCCUCUUCGCAGCGGCAGCGGAUCCUGUUCUAUUGCCAUUUCCCCGAUCAGUUGCUUGCGUGGCGGGGCGAGAGCGCCCCCUCGGCGCUGAAGCUGGCCAAGACACUGUAUCGGUAUCCGUUCGACUGGUUCGAGGGGUGGGCGAUGAGCGCGUCGGAUAAGGUGGUUGCCAACUCGCGGUUCACGCGCGGCGUGGUCAGUCGGGUGUUUGGGUCGCAGAAGCUCGGUGAUGUGCGAGUUGUGUAUCCCUGUGUCGACACAACGGCUGGACCAAAGGCAGAGCAGGAGAGCGAAGGAGAUGCUCAGGCUCCGCUAUGGGGUGGCAAGAAGAUUCUGUUGAGCAUCAACCGGUUCGAGCGUAAGAAAGAGAUUGCGCUGGCGAUCCGGGCGUAUCAUGGACUGGACGAAGAAAAAAGGAAGGGUACUCGGCUGGUUAUUGCAGGUGGCUAUGAUAACCGCGUCCAGGAAAACGUACAAUACCACAGAGAACUCGACGCGCUGGCGACCCAACUUGGCCUACAGACCGCCACUUCCAAGACCGUCGUCUCUGCUCUAUCCAUCCCGGACUCGAUUGACGUCCUCUUCUUGCUCUCCGUGCCGACAGCGUUCAAGGAGACCCUUCUCGCCCAGUCCACCCUGCUACUCUACACCCCCAUCAACGAGCACUUCGGCAUCGUGCCCGUCGAAGCCAUGCAUGCGGGACUCCCCGUGCUUGCAUCCAACACGGGCGGCCCACUCGAGACCAUCGUCGAGGGCGAAACGGGCUGGCUCCGGGACGCCCACGCGGUUCCCGAGUGGACCGCGGUCAUGGACCAGGUCCUCUACCAGAUGGACCGGGCAGAUCUCGCCCGCAUGGCCGCCGCGGGCAAGGCCCGCGCGGAGAAGGAGUUCUCCCUCGUAGCCAUGGGCGACAGGCUGGAAGAGGAGAUCUCAGAGAUGCUCGGCGCCGACCGACGUCCCUUCUACGGGUGGUACCAGUUGCUGUUUGUCCUCCUUUUGGCCCUGGGUGCGUUGACGGGGUUUUUCCUCUAUCUUCUCUGAUCUAUACCCAUUUAUUUGUCAUGUAUAUACUCUAGACAGUCUCAAUAGAGCUCAUUCUUAUCUCUCUUCUUA